AUGGUCAUUGAUUUCAGGAGGGUGAGGACGUCUCCUCUACCCCUGUGCAUUCUGGGAGAGGAUGUGGCUGUUAUGGAGGACUACAAAUACCUGGGAAUGCACUUAGACAACGGACUGAACUGGAGGAUCAACACUGACACUGUGCACAAGAAGGGGAUGAGCAGACUAUUUUCUGAGGAAGCUGAGAUCCUUCCACGUGUUCAGCAAGAUGCUGGAGAUCUUCUACCGAGGUCUUUUGGAGACUCCGUGGACCACCAAACGCCAGGCCGGAUCCCAGGAAAGGCUGUGUCGUGUCGCCAGCUGGACGGGACGCAGGCCGACAUCAACGAGUGUCUGAAAUUUGCCAAGGCCAUGCCAUCCAUCACUCAGCACUGCCAGCUCCCCUGCCAGGACGACUGCCAGCUAACCAACUGGUCCAAGUUCUCGUCCUGCACAGCUGACUGCGUGGGGGUCCGCACCAGAAAGAGGGCAUUGAUAGGGAGGAGCAAGAAGAAAGACAAGUGCAAAAACACGCAAAUGUACCCUUUGAGUGAGACCCAGUACUGUCCGUGUGACAAGUACAAUGCCCAGCCGGUGGGGAACUGGUCCGACUGCAUCCUGCCUGAGGGGGGGAGAGUGGAGAGCCUCCUGGGGAUGAAGGUGCAGGGAGACAUCAAGGAGUGUGGGCAGGGGUACCGCUACCAGGCCAUGGUGUGCUACGACCAGGACAACCGGCUGGUGGAGACCCUGCGCUGCAACAGUCACGGUUAUAUCGAGGAAGCGUGCAUAAUCCCCUGUCCCUCAGACUGUAAACUCAGCGAAUGGUCCAACUGGUCAAGAUGCAGCAAGUCCUGCGGCAGCGGGGUCAAAGUUCGCUCCAAAUGGCUUCGAGAGAAACCUUACAACGGGGGCCGGCCGUGUCCCAAACUGGACCACAUCAACCAGGCCCAGGUGUACGAGGUGGUGCCGUGCCAGAGCGACUGUAAUCAGUAUGUGUGGGUGGCCGAGCCAUGGAGCGUGUGGAAGGUCAGCAACGUGGACUUAAAAGAGAACUGCGGCGAGGGCGUCCAGACCAGAAAAGUCCGGUGCAUGCUCAACACAAUAGACGGGCCGUCGGAGUCGGUGGAGGACUACCUGUGUGACCCUGAAGAGAUGCCCCUGGGGGCCCGGGAGAGCCGGCUGCCCUGCCCAGAGGACUGCGUGCUGAAUGACUGGGGCAGCUGGAGCCGCUGCAGCCUGCCAUGCACCAGAACCAACAGUCGAGUGCGGAUGGCAUACACGCUACGUUCUCCCAGUGUCGGGAGGGAGUGUCCCGACACGAGUGACAAUGAGCCCUGCAGCCUGAACCUCAACUGUUUCAACUACUUCUACAACAUCACAGGUACGGGACAUCUUGCCAGCAUCUCUUGCUGUACAGUAAUCUGGGUUUACAUUGAUCUUUUCUUGUGGUGUCCAGACAGCCCCCGCCCCACCACCGUGCGACCGUGUCAGCUGCCCUGCAAGAAAGACUGCAUCAUGACCCCUUUCAGCAACUGGACACUGUGUCCUUUCACUUGUGACACAGAUGGUAACGCUGUGAAGACAAAGCAAACAAGGAAACGUCUUAUCAUCCAGCAGCCAUCCAACGGAGGACAGGACUGUCCCGAGGUGCUGGAGGAGGAGAACGACUGUGAGGUCCCCAAAAUCUGUCCAGGAUUCAGGUGGAAAAGCCAUAAAUGGAGGAAGUGCCAGCUGGUCCCAUGGUUUCUCAGACAGGAGCGUCCCGGUGCGCAGGAGACCUGUGGACCCGGGCUCCAAACAAGAGCCUUAAACUGGCGGACCAUACCUAAACCAGGACGAACUCACGGCGAUGUCGGUUAA